AUGUCUACACAGCAGCAACAGCCGGACCGACCGCGCAAGUCGCUCAUUCUCAAUGCCUUUGUUGAGAUGUGCAGUGGCCACCAAUCGCCAGGUCUCUGGGUACACCCCGAAGACGAAUCCCAUCGCUUUAAUGAUAUCGACCACUGGAUCGAGCUCGCGCAGCUGCUUGAGUCCGCGAAGUUCCACGGCAUCUUUAUUGCUGAUGUUCUCGGCGGUUACGACGUCUACAAAGGGCCUCGCAAUCUCGAACCGGCCAUCACAUCCGGGGCGCAGUGGCCCGUGAAUGAGCCGUUGGCAGUCGUGCCGGCCAUGGCGGCCGCGACAAAGAAUAUCGGAUUUGGGGUAACAGUGACGACGACGUACGAGCAGCCGUAUCAUCUGGCGAGGCGGUUGUCAACGGUGGACCAUUUGACCAAGGGGCGGAUCGGAUGGAAUAUUGUCACCGGCUAUCUUGACUCAGCAGCACGAAACCUCGGUCACGCAGAGCAGCCGCAGCACGAUGACCGCUACGCCAUUGCAGAAGAAUACAUUAAAGUCGCCUACAAGCUGUGGGAAUCAUCCUGGCGGUCCGACGCCGUCAUCCUCGACAAGCAGCGCCGCGUAUACACAGAGCCCUCGCGCGUACGGGAAAUCAACCACGUCGGCAAGUAUUUUAACGUCCCCGGUCCUCAUCUCUGCCAGCCUUCUCCACAACGUACACCCGUGAUCCUGCAAGCGGGAACCUCAAAGGCAGGCAAGACCUUCGCGGCGCAGCACGCGGAAGCGAUCUUCGUCGCAGGACACAGCCCGAGCGUCGUCGCAAAGAAUGUCGCCGAGAUCAGAGAGCUUGCGAAGUCGCAAUACGGACGCGAUCCGUCCUCGAUAAAAUUCCUGGCCCUACUCUGCCCGGUUCUGGGAAAGACAGAGGAGGAAGCGAAGGAGAAGUUUGCAUACUACCGCAGUCUGGGUUCCAUUGAUGGUGCGCUAGCACUAUUCGGCGGGUGGACGGGGAUCAACCUCGACGUUUACGGCGACGACGAGGAACUGCGAUCUGUGCCGAGCAAUGCAAUCCGGUCUGCCGUCGAAGGCUGGUCGAAAGCGACACCCGAAGUUCCAAAAUGGACGAAGAAGACCGUCGGUGAGCACAUCACCGUCGGCGGACUCGGCUCCACGCCUGUCGGGACGCCCGAGCAAGUGGCCGACGAGAUGGAGAGAUGGGUGCGCGAGGCAGACGUUGAUGGAUUUAAUCUGGCCUACGCAAUCAAACCCGGCUCGUUCAAAGACAUCAUCGACCUGCUGAUCCCCGAGCUGCGCCGUCGCGGGCUCUUCCACGAGGACUACGCGGCACCUAGGGCCACGUACCGCGAGAAUCUCUACGGCAAGCCCGGGCAAAGUGGCCCUCCGGCAGAUCAUCCGGCAGCAAAGUAUCGGUGGCAUGCCGGUGUGGAGGGCCAUCAGAUCCCGGAAUAA